AUGGAUUUACCGCGGGAUAUUCGAACUUUUACAAGAAACCUUAGUACAAGGUCAACUGUGUCGUCCUGUUCCUCUCUCGCCAUGGAGAUUAAGAGAAAGAAAAUACGACAGAGUACGGUGUUUUUGCCAAAUGAAGACAGCGAUAUCCAGGAGAAGCUGGACUUUGAGAUGAAAAUGAGGGCAGGAGCCUACAAGCUUCUGGUAGCAAGCACUAACAAGGAACAGAUACUUAAUGCUGCCAAGAGCCUUCUGACAUGCAACACACGCAUUAGAGCCUAUAUGAGUGAGGCACAGAGGAAGAAGGAACAACAGGACCUGACUGCAACCUUGAGGAGAAGGUGUUGUGAUCCUAAGAGUCGAGUGCCGUGUAAAGGGAAAGUGGCUGUGUCUGGUCUUCGAAUUCCAUUGCUGUGGAAAGACUCAGACCACUUCAACAACAAAGGGAACUCACGGCGUGUGGCAGUCUUUUGUCUAAUGAAGACUGGCUCUGAGAUUUUUGAUACAGAGAUGGUGGUUGUGGACAAAUCAGUUACUGAUAUCUGCUUUGAGGGUGUGACUAUUUUCAGUGAUGCCAGUCCACAGUUUGAGCUGAAUCUGGAAAUUUAUAGCUGUGCCAUAGAGGAAGAGAGCACCAUGGUCAACACACCAAAGAAACUGGCCCGAAAGCUGCGGUCUUCCUUUGGUAAGGCAUCAGGAAAGAAGCUCUGCCCCCUGCUGGAUGGAGGAGAUCCAGAUACAUUUCUUCAGGCUAACCCCAUACCACCUGGGGCUCGGUAUUCAUUACUGGCUUACACAACACUGGGUUUGGAGCAAGCAGAAGACUCUUUCCAGUCUCACUCGCUCAUAGUCCUGCAGAACGUUGAGGCAUCGUCAUGGCUGCCUCUCUAUGGAAACCUGUGCUGUCAACUGGUGGCUCAGCCUGACUGUAUGACACAGGAUAUGAUGAGCGGCUACCUCAGCCAACAACAAAACGUAGAGGGACUGCAGCGCAUCUGCAGGCUGUACUGUGUACUGAAGGCUGGGCUUCUGUCUUGUUAUUACACUCUUGAGGAGAUCGAAGCCAAAAUGGAGCCAGGCCUCAUCAUCCCAAUCAACAAGGACACCCGUAUUCGUUUGGUAGACAAGGAAUCCCAAAGAAGCAGCACCAAACUGAGUCUCACGAACCCAAUGAGUGGGAAUUCAGCCAGCUAUGUGUUUUCUGCUGAUAGCCCCGAUGCCCUGCAGGACUGGCUGGAAGCCCUGUGGCAACACCUCUAUGAUCAGGAUCAGUGGAAGCACUGCUGUACUAAACUGAUGAAGAUUGAGGUCUUAUCGCCACAGAAACCACCUCUCUUCCUCACUAAGCAGGCUGACUCUGUCUACAAUGAUCUGAGCAUUGGCUCUCCUGGAAAGUUUGAGAGUUUGACUGACAUAAUCCAUAACAAAAUAGAGGAAACUAGUGGGCAGUAUCUUAUUGGACAGGAGAAAAGUGAGCCUCCUCAUUGGGCAGCACUGUUUGAGGGAUCCCACCCAAUAGUAGUGCAAAAAACUGUCCUGUCCCCAGGUAAAGAAAGCAUUCAGUGUGAUUCCAGUCCUACAACAAGCAGCCAUAAGAAGAGACGAGCCCCUCCCCCUCCCACUGAUAAAUUACCAUUUGUCCAAACCACCGGUCCCUUAUCCUAUCAGGAGAAAGAAAACACCUUUAAAGGGCUGAAGUCUCGUUCUGGUCGGCCUUCACUGGAUGCUAAAUUCUCUUCAAUCAUUCAGCAGCUGCAGAAGUCCCAUGGUACCUCUCACAGAAAUGCACCUCUUGGACAACUAGAGCCUUCUCAGCACCCUCAUACUCCCAAAAAGGUUCCCUGGAGGGAGCCUGAACCCGAUUGUCUUCAAGACCCUGAGGUUGCCCAAGAUCACCAGCAACCUGUUCCUGCACCACGACACAAACUUAGGAAAUCCUUUCGAGAAAAGAUGAACCCUAAAGCCUGGUGA